AUGACCAGCAGCUCCGGGUCGUACUCGCUUUCCAGCAUCAACCCGAAGCUCUUGCGCAGAAUAUACCGGGCAUGCCGCCCCACCAUGGAGGAGCCCAACCUCGCACUCAACUUGGAGAUCUGCGACUACGUCAAUGCCAAGCAGGGCUCGGCGCCGCGCGAAACGGCCAUUGCCAUCGUCAAGUUGAUCAACCAGCGCGACCCGCAGACGUCGGAGUUGGCGCUCCAUUUGUUGGACAACCUCGUCAAGAACUGCGGGUUCCCGUUCCAGUUGCAGAUCUCGCGCAAGGAGUUCUUGAACGAGUUGGUCAAGAAGUUCCCCGAGCGGCCCACGUUGCGCUACAGCCGCGUGCAGCGCAUGAUCUUGGCGCACAUCGAGGAGUGGUACCAGACCAUCUGCAAGACGUCGCGCUAUAAGGACGAGUUCGGGUACAUCCGCGACAUGCACCGGUUGUUGGCCAACAAGGGCUACGUGUUCCCGGAGGUCAAGGUGGAGGACGCGGCGGUGUUGAACCCCUCGGCCGCCAUCCAGUCGCUCGAGGACAUCCAGAAGGAAGAGGCCGUGGUGCACAGCGCCAAGUUGCAGGAGUUGAUCCGCCGGGGCAAGCCGCAGGACCUCCAGGAGGCCAACCGCUUGAUGAAGAUCAUGGCCGGCUUCCGGGACGACCACGUGCAGGAGAACCGCAAGCAGGUCGAGGACGACGUGGCGCGCUUGAGGCGCAAGGCCGACAUCUUCGCGGACAUGUUGGCGUCCAUCGAGGCGUCCGGCGCGGCCAUCGACGAUUCCGCCGACACCGUGCACGAGUUGUACGGCGCGGUCAAGUCCGCGCAGCCCAUCGUGGGCAAGAUCAUCGAGGAGGAGCACGACAACGACGCCUACGUGCACGACUUGCUCGCCUUGAACGACGCCAUCAACCAACUGGUGGCGAAGUACCAGCGCAUGCGCGGCCGUGCCGCCGACGCCGCGCCGCCCGCGGCCGACCUGAACUUGAUUGAUUUCGACGACGAGCCCCUCAGCGCCGACGCCUCGGGCAAGGACGAGCAGGGCUACCAGGACUUGUUGAGCGACUUGUCCAACUUGGCGUUCACGGACUCCGCGGCGCCGCUGAACCCGCUCGACUUGUUCGGCGCGGGCGGCUCCAUCCAGCUCGGCGCGCCGCUCCACCAGCCGGUGCCCACGCCGGCGGGCCAGGGCGCGGGAGGCACGCCGGACUUGUUGGCCGGCCUCGCGUCGCCGUCGCCGCAGCUCCAGCUGAACUUGCCGGGGGCCCAGCUGAACGUGCCAGGGGCCCAGCCGAACGCCGCGGCCAACGGCUCGCAGUUGGAUCCGUUUGGAUUCAGCUUCCCCACCGCCACGCCGGCACAGGUGCACCAGGCGCCCGCCGGCACGGCCCGCCCCGCGGCCGUGGUGCACGAGACCGCCGGCGUCAAGUUGGAGGCCGCCACGCUCGCGGACUCGACGGCCACGCGCCACCACGGAGUGUUCUACGUGAGCAACAAGGCCGCCGUGCCCAAGACCAGCGUCAGGUUGAUGGUGGCCGCUGCCAAGGGCUGCAGGUUGGACUUGCGCCCGCAGAGCGGCGACUCCGUGUACGCGUUCAGCGAGCGUGGCCUCUCGCAGGAGUAUGUCGUGGAGAACCCCGCGGCCAAGCCGUUGCGGUUCAAGUGGAAGCUUGAGUACAAGGUUGGAGGGCAGGACGAGGCCGAGCAGGGCGUGGUGAGCUUGGAGCAGUGA